UACCCGAAUACCCGGUGUACAACCACCGACCCGGUUGUAAUUGAGAUACCACCCACGUUUUUGUGUAUAUGGCUAUCGCGGUUUUCACCUCCGAUACGGCCGUAUGCAAUGUUUCCCGAUUGUGAAAAAUUCAAGGGGUAAAAAGGAUGAGGAACUUGUAAUCGGACAGAAUUAAUUCCAUUCAUUCGCGUUCAAUUUUGCAGCGGUCUGAAAUCGGCGUGCGUUUUGAAUGGGUAACGCCGAGGAUUCCCGAAAGAAUAACCUGACCACCGUGGUGUUCUUGCUAGAAGAGAUUAUACGGAACCAUCAAAUUAACAUGCUUCUCAUAUCUUUGAUGAUCACAUUAAUUUUCCCGCAAAACCGCAAGUGUAAACGGUGGGAUCGGCUAGGUCAGUCUGUGGUUCUAGAUUCUAUCCCGGAUCAUGUGCGUCAACUAGAUAGGCUUAUGCGUGUGACAGACAUAGCUUGUGUGGAUAAUUUGAGAAUGGAUAGGAAUACCUUUGGGCGUCUAUGUCGUAUUCUCCGUGACCGGGUAGGCCUAGUAGACCAGAGACAAGUGACUGUAGAAGAACAAGUGGCUAUGUUCCUGUGUGUGCUUGCUCAUCACAAAAAAUCCCGCAUACCCAUCCCAAUAGAUGAGGGUUGUAUUGAUCGUAGAUGGAAAUGGUUCAAGGGUUGCUUAGGUGCUUUGGAUGGGACUUACAUCAAUGUGCGUGUCCCAAUUGCCGACGUUCCCCGGUACCGUAAUCGAAAAGGUCACAUCACCACCAAUACACUAGCCGUGUGUGACCCCCAGCUCAGAUUCACUUACCUCCUUCCUGGUUGGGAAGGCUCGGCAGCCGAUUCAAGGAUCUUAAGGGAUGCAGUCAGCCGACCUUUAGGUCUGAAAGUACCCAAAGGAUGCUACUAUCUCUGCGAUCAAGCAUACCCAAAUGCCGAAGGUUUCUUGACACCGUACAAAGGUGUCCGCUACCAUCUCAAGGAAUGGGGGGUCGGAAGGCAAGCCCCCCAAACACCGGAAGAGCUUUUCAACCUUAGACACUCCAAGGCGAGGAAUGUCAUCGAAAGAUCAUUCGCGGUGCUGAAGAUGCGUUGGGGAAUCCUAAGGUCAGCAAGCUUUUAUCCCAUAGAUGUUCAAACUGGACUCAUCAUCGCAUGCUUUCUUCUACACAAUUACAUACGAGGUGAAAUGGUAGUUGAUCCCGUCGAGGCUGAGGUGGUUAAUGAGGCUAAUAUUGAUGAUGAGCCUGCCAACGAUCCUUUGUUGUGUGGUGAUAAUAUCAGUAGCGUGGAACCAUCUGCAUUAUGGACCCAAAAAAGGGAUGAUCUUGCAAGGGAAAUGUGGGGAGACAGAAAUAAUGGACAAGUUUGA